CAUUUAGUAUAAAAAGACAGUAGAUUUUCAGGAACUCAAGAGUGGAAGACUAGGAGAUAGACAAGCUGUAAAGAAGAGACUGCAAAGGGAGAGUUCUUGCAAUCACAAAGUCAUGAGUCUCCUCCAGUUGUGGAUUCUGUUCGCUUGCCUGACCUGUGGAAUCCUGCCUGGAGUCUGGGCUCAAUUCCCCCGUGUCUGCAUGACCCUGGACAGCCUGGUGAACAAGGUGUGCUGCCCGCCUCUGGGUGCUGAGCCCUCCAACAUCUGUGGAUCACAGGAGGGCCGGGGGCAGUGCACAGAGGUGCAAACCGACACCAGGCCCUGGAGUGGUCCUUACAUCCUACGAAACCAGGAUGACCGCGAGCAGUGGCCAAGAAAGUUCUUCAACAGAACCUGCAAGUGCACAGGAAACUUUGCUGGCUACCAUUGUGGAGACUGCAGGUUUGGCUGGACCGGCCCCAAUUGUAAUCAGAGGAAACGGGCAGUUGUUCGGCGGAACAUCCAUUCCCUGUCUGAUCGGGAGAGAGAGCAGUUCCUGGACGCCUUAGACCUGGCCAAGAAGAGCCCACACCCCGACUACGUCAUAGCCACUCAGCACUGGCUGGGCCUCCUUGGGCCCAAUGGCACCCAGCCUCAGAUCGCCAACUGCAGCAUUUACGACUUCUUUGUGUGGCUCCAUUAUUAUUCUGUUAGAGACACAUUAUUAGGACCAGGGCGUCCCUACAAGGCUAUAGACUUUUCCCACCAAGGGCCUGCCUUUGUUACUUGGCACCGGUACCACUUGAUGUGGCUGGAAAGAGAUCUCCAGCGCCUCACAGGCAAUGACUCCUUCGCGUUGCCUUACUGGAACUUCGCCACCGGAAGGAAUGAGUGUGAUGUGUGCACAGAUCAGCUGCUUGGGGCAGCAAGACAAGAUGAUCCAAGCCUGAUUAGUCAGAACUCGCGGUUCUCCAGCUGGGAGAUUGUCUGUGACAGUUUGGAUGACUACAACCGCCGGGUCACCUUGUGCAAUGGGACCUAUGAAGGCUUGCUGAGAAGAAAUCAAGCGGGAAGAAACAAUGAGACGCUGCCCACCUUAAAAAACAUUCAGGAUUGCCUGUCUCUGCAGACCUUUGACAAUCCUCCUUUCUUCCUGAACUCGACCUUCAGCUUCAGGAAUGCUCUGGAAGGCUUUGAUAAAGGAGACGGCACCCUGGACUCUCAAGUGAGGAGCCUGCAUAACUUGGUUCACUCUUUCCUGAACGGGACAAGUGCUUUGCCACAUUCUGCCGCCAAUGACCCUAUUUUUGUGGUCCUUCACUCCUUCACUGAUGCCAUAUUCGAUGAGUGGAUGAGAAGGUAUAAUCCUCCCGUAGAAGCCUGGCCUCAGGAGCUGGCACCCAUUGGCCACAACCGCCUGUACAACAUGGUGCCCUUCUUCCCUCCAGUGACAAACGAAGAGCUCUUUGUAACCACAGACCAGCUCGGCUACACCUACGCCAUUGAUCUGCCUGUUUCAGUUGAAGAAACUCCAGCGUGGACCACAACCUUCUCAGUGGUUUUGGGGAUGCUGGUGGCUUUGGUUGCUCUGUUUGCGCUGCUGUUUUUCCUUCAGUAUAGAAGGAUCCGAAGAGGUUACACACCCCUGGUGGAGACACAUUUAAGCAACAAAAGAUACACGGAAGAAGCCUAG